GGGCUUUCCAUAGGUUCCUCUCAUAGUCAUGUGUUAUGUUGUUCCUCCAUAGAUGGCACUGCGGACUAUGUUUUUUGUAUCAUAUGCAUUUGCGUUGCGGUUAUGUUAUGUUACAUUGACAGCAGUUGACAGAUGUUUAAAUGGAAACAGAAAAGGAAUUUUUACUAUUAUUAUAAAAUUAAUAUCUUUCAAAAGUAUGUCAUGCUCUCAGUCUGAUUCUGAUUACAUCACAAGUUAUAGUGAAGAUGAGAGAAUAGAAUUGGAGCGCCGUAGAGAACGAAUUCAAGAGGAACAGUAUGAGGAACGUGUGGAACAAGAAAGAGAAAAAGCAUUCAGCAUAAUCUUUAAAGAAAAAGCCCAUAAACUAUUUAUACUUCCAGGUUUGCAUUUUUUGCGCUUUUGCAGUAAAAAGAUAAAAUUUUACUUCAAACCUAGCGAAGUAAUGAAAUGGAUCAGCAAAAAUACGUGUUUUUACUGCUCAUUAAUUUAUUCGAAAAAGUGGAUGUGGAUGAUCAAGAGAGAAUCUUUUCCUUCGAAUUACAAACUGAGGAUAUACAAUACCUUUAAUGAUGGCCAAUAUUGUCUUGUGUCUGAUGAAGAUAUUUUACCUAAGAUACAACAAAUUUAUAGGCAGUUGCUGGUCUGGGCCUCCACCUAUGAAAAAAUGAAGAAGGAAAAGUAUCGUAGAUUUAAAUGUGGCGAGGAAGUUGAACUUGACGAGGAGGACGAAGAGCUGUUCUUAUCAAAAAACGAGAGACGUGAGUUGAUAGAAAAACGUAACAGAAUCCUCCGUAGAAUGAUUCCGCCAGAUGGACCCAAAAGGUGGAGGGUUGGUUAAAUACAGAGUGUGAAACUAUGGGUAGGUCAAUGGAAGCCAGGUAAUAGUGCACCUCAAAACCUAUCGAAUUAGUCUCCGUUGGUAUGUUUUAACCGAAAUUUAAUAACGCAGUUCUGGAAAAAAUCUGAUUUUGAUCUUUGUAAAUUCAGCCAAACUAUCAGGUCUACCGCUGUGAUUUUUUUCUGGAAGCAGUGCAGUGGCAUCUAAAUCAUUUAUUUGCAGCUAGCUCUUGAAAAUUGAGGAGCUAACUGAACUACCCACCAAUAAUUGAAGCAAAAUAAUGGUCAAAAAGGCAUACUAUUAUUCUAUUUCAGUCGUAGACCUGAUAGGCUGAAUUUGCCAAGUUCAAAUUCUGUUUUUUUUUCUAAAAUUUCACACUACCGGCUAUCCGACUAUUGCCGAAAUGCAAUAGUCUCCUGGCAUUCCGGCUAACACAUACGCCGGUUGAUUCAGUAGGUAUUGAGGUUCUCUCUUCGUUGAUCCAUCCAUAGCUUGACACCCUGGAUAUAAAAAUGCACCAUUCAUACCUCGGAUGGAUCUCAGUAAUGUGAUUUUUUACCAGCACCUACCUUUGGUAUCCUUGUAUUAUCAUGAAUUAUUUAUCUAAUUUAUUUUUAUUAGUACCUAUAUGUAAGGUCGAUUUACCUUUGCUCAGUGUUUGACUGAAUCAGUAUUGUGAUACCUAUUUGCUUUUUGAUCUUUUUAUAUAUGUAUAUAAUAUUAUGUAAUAAAACAGUUGUGCAUU